UUACCGAAACGGAAGUCCCGUCCUCGCCAGUUUCCCCAACAAGAUGGCGGAUCUCUUGGAAUCGGUGGAUGUACACUCAACAAUAAAAGUAUCCGACAAAUCCAUUGAAAAAUGUUGCAAAUGAGUUUGUGUUGGUGAGGACGCGUGUGAUAAACGUCCCCCGUGUCAUGGCAAUCGCCAAUAGUUGUGGAGAAUAAUAUCUCGUACCGUUCACUGACCCCCGAACAACAGAGAUGAACCGACUCACCUGUGCAGUGUGAACAUCAGGAUUAAUCCAGAGUCAACAAUUAAUUUUAACCACAUUUAUUCGGACAUUGGAACGUACGUCGGGGUGAAUACUGACGCUAUGGCGUCCGUCAGAGUGUGUGUGUGUGGUUGAGGAGAAUUAUUUUUCAUCGUUGAGUGGCCACUAGGACUAAUUACAAGAAAAUUCUCCAGGACUAACUGAACAACAGUUACAAUGUGAUCACCAAAAACAUCCUCCAGGAAACAUCACAAUCAAUCAAUCAGAGUUGACUGUGAAUGACUAGAACACGUUGGAUGGGUUAGUGGAUACAAUGCCAAACAGUUUGGACAGUUUUUUAACUCGCAUUGGAGACGUUACAAUAGAGAGAGUGGCUCCACGGAGCAACCCCAGGUCUCAUGUAUCUGGUGGUACUGACGAAGUGACGAUGACGUCCACUGGUAGUAAUCAGGGGCUGCAGGGGGGUAAUGAUGACGACUCAGAAGAGACAGGGGGUGAGACGAGUGAUGGGGAGCUAGAGAGGAAGAAUCUGUUGAUGCAUCGAGAUGAUCUCAGAUCGCACGAGGAGAUGAAUUCCGAGGGAUCUGGGGAUGACAUGGAUCUGGACGAGACCAUUGAUACCGAGAUUGGAGUCAGGAUGGACUUGGAGAGACAACAAUCCGAGUCUUCUUGCCCUGAUGAUGAUGUUGAGGCUGUAAAUAUCUUGGAUACACUUCCGUUAGAAGGUGCCCCAAUAGAAGGUCAAGAGGUUUCGGAGGCGGACCUCCUAGGGAAGCCCCUCUCAAAAGACGAUGACACCGAGAGUCUGGGCACGUCCUCCCAUCCACCAUCCGACCACGAAGAUUCGGAUCCCUCAAAACGCCGAGGCUCCCCAGACGAUGCAGAUCCAGCCAAGAAAAAGCAGAAGAAGGAUGAGAACGAAGACGCAGAGUUGAAAUCCGAGAAGAAGCUCUCGAACAUGCGUCGCAAUAUCCGUGAGGUGAUGGACGAGACCCAGUUGGACGAAGCGACGCUCUCGGCCCAGCGACAGGAGAUGGAGCGUCUCCGCAGGGUCCAGGAGCAGCAGCGGAUAAUCAGAGAAGUUCAACGACAGAUCGCCAACCACCGCCAGACUGCCAAGUCCCAGCCGAGAGUCAUAAGCCUUCUCCAGGGAAAGCAGAACGAAAUGGGAACGACGAUUUCCCAGUCUCCAUCAGGUCCCUCCCAGAUCAAAUCCCCUAACGCUCUUCUGAUGAACGUUCACUCGCCCCCUCACCAGCAGUCGUCCUCGUCCCAACCAGUCUCACCCCGAAGGCCGAUGUCGGGAAUGCGUUGGCACAAGGGACGAGGUGGUUAUCACUCUCCACCCCAGCCCCAGAGUCAAGCCCUGAUGUCGAGGGGACUGAGCAAGACCCCAGUACAAACAGUCCUGCAGCAGAGGAUCAGAAUGAUGACACCAUCAGUUAGCAUCUCCCCUGUGGUCCCCAAACGCGAGCCAAUGGAUCACGUUCCCUAUUAUUCGGACUCUGACAUGUCUGAAGGAGAACUAGAGGACAUCAACCAGGAGUACAGGAAGAUCCCCACACCCAAGUCCCCAAAACCCCUGAAGGGAAAGGAUGUGGUAACGAUAUCCAGUUCUUCAGAAUCCUCUGACGACGACUGCAUUGUUCUGAGUGAUCCCAGCGGGGGUGAGGAAACAGACACUGAGGACGAUCCCUCGAACUCGGGAAUGCAUACGAAUGAUCGUUAUAACAUUCCUGACGAGCAUGGAAGGGUCCUGAUUAAUGUGGGACAUCCGGACACUGAGCCUGACGUUUUUCUGGCUCCUCAGGUGGGGAGGAUCAUCAAGCCCCAUCAGAUUGGGGGAAUAAGAUUCCUGUUCGAUAAUAUUGUGGAGAGCAUCGAGAGGUAUAAAAGCUCCUCCGGUUUCGGCUGCAUCCUGGCUCACAGUAUGGGUCUGGGAAAAACUCUGCAAGUUGCCAGUUUCUGCGAUAUUUUCUUCAGAUGCACAACAGCCAAAACUGUUCUAUGUAUCAUGCCUAUUAAUACUUUACAGAAUUGGUUGGCUGAGUUCAAUAUGUGGCUGCCCUACGAGGAUCCAAACUCGAUUAAACCUGAUGUAAUUACGAAGAAGAGUGACAAGUGUGAGAUUAAGGAGGAGAACUCCAACCAUACUGAUAUCUCCAGUUUAUCCUCGAGAUCCAUGAGCACUGAUUCGAGGUCUCACCAGGACACGCCUGCCAACAUGAUGGGACAGUUUCAAGGGUACGAGGCUGGGGGGAAUUAUUACCCUGAGACCAAGUCCGGAGAGACUCAGACUCCCCUGAACCAGAGUCAGAAUCACAAUUUUCAAAUCAAUCAGAACCCGAAUCAGAGCUACCAGAUGCCGGGAUCUUAUCCGAUGAAGCAGGAGAUGGACUGCAAUUCUUAUCCGAACCAGAUGUACCCCAUGCAGAAUCAAUACUCACAGCCCUAUCAGAAUCCUCACUAUCAGAACUACCAGCCCAUGCAGGACCAGAAGAUGCCUCCAUCCCAGAAUUCAGAGGCUCCCAUAAAAAAAGAGCCCGAAGAGCCGGCCACGAAGGAGGAAGGCACAUCCACAUCGAAGGAAGACUCAGAUGACAAGAAAGAUCCUGAGAAGGUCACCACCCCGUUCAGUGUUGACGCUCCACUGGGACUUGAACUCAGACCUCGUCACUUUCAUCUCCACAUUCUAAACGACUCACACAAGACUAUGGCAGCUAGAGCGCGAGUCAUCAAGGAGUGGCAGAAAAUUGGUGGUGUUUUAUUAAUAGGAUACGAACUUUAUCGACAGCUAUCCCUGAAGAAAUCCAACAAGGGUAAACGAAAGAGGGGACAGCAGUUCAAAGACACUGUGGAUCUUGAGGAAGAAGACAAGAACAAGCCCCUUCUGGAAGAAAUGCAUGGGGCCUUGGUGAAUCCUGGUCCCGAUUUGGUCAUCUGCGACGAAGGCCACAGAAUCAAGAACUCCCAUGCGAGUAUCAGCCUAGCCUUGAAGCAGAUGAGGACCAAAAGAAGAAUUGUCCUCACUGGUUAUCCUCUACAGAAUAAUCUGCUCGAGUACUGGUGCAUGGUAGACUUUGUUCGUCCUAAUUACCUCGGAACAAAGGCCGAGUUCUGUAAUAUGUUUGAAAGACCAAUUCAGAAUGGCCAGUGCAUUGACUCCACUCCCCAGGAUAUCAGGUUGAUGAGGUAUCGAGCCCAUGUCCUCCAUGCCCUGUUGGAGGGUUUCGUGCAGAGACGAUCUCAUUCGGUUUUGCAGAUAUCUCUUCCCAGAAAGGAGGAGUACAUUCUGCUGGUGAGGAUGACACCUCAUCAGAGGAAGCUGUAUGACACUUUUAUGAAUCAGGUGGUGAAGACAAGGGCUGUGCCGAAUCCUCUAAAGGCAUUUGCUGUCUGCUGUAAAAUUUGGAAUCACCCGGACAUUCUCUAUCACUUUUUGAAGAAGAGACAGGCUAAUGAGGAGGACGACCUGGAUCUGGAGGAGACCAUCGAGAAAACAACGCCUGGCAAUAAGAGGACCAAGGCCAGGAGGGGGGAGAGGAAGGGGAAGAAGGUGGGCCUGGUGAAGAGUAAGCCCGCAGCCAGUGUCCAACCGAAUUCAUCAGCCAGUAUCAAUGACACUGCUGAGGAGAGUGGAGAUAGCAAAGGGAAUUUUGGAGGAUUUCAGCAACAAUUGCCUGGGAAUUUAAUGAAUCAGACACCUCAGGGAUCGAAUACUCAGCCCAGCUUUGGACAGAAUUAUCAAGAGUUCAGAUCGAGUGAGCAGAGUAAUUACUUCAGGGGUGAGGGGACGAAUGAGUACAAUGAGUUCUAUAAUAAUCAGAAUCAGAGGUAUCAGCAGAAUCAGCAGUUUCAGGGGUAUUCAGGGACUGCUAACUACCAGCAGAAUUUUCAACAAGGACAGGGGCAGAAUUUUGUUGCUGGUACUGAGACGCAGGGCAAUCAGAAAUUUUCGAAUGCUCCUCAGAAUCCAGAAUUUCGGGAUCAGGGGAAUAACACAAAUUACGAGAUGGGAGGAAUGUUCAAUAGAGGAUAUCAGUUUCAAGAUCAGAGGAAUUAUCCACCAGGUGCCCCAGGGGCUCCACAAGUCCCGCAGAAUCAUCCCCCCCAAAAUUAUCAGAACCAAAAUCAGAACGCACCACGGAAUCAACCCCAGGCCCAGAACAAUCCCCCCAUUGACUACAACAAUUAUCAGAAUCAGAGCCAGAAUUAUCAACAGUCAACUGGAGGCAAUCCUCAGAUAUUCAGGAACGAUAACCAAUUAAAUCAACAUUCGUAUCCACCAACGGCGAAUCCUCCCUCGAUUAAUCAAACCCCAAGUACUCCAAGCUACAUCAACAAUCAGAAUACAUCAGGAGCACCUCAGGUUCAGCCCCCGAUGCUCGCCGGUAGUUACCCCUCUGGACAGCCCCAGGGUCCAAAUUACCCACCAGGAGGACAAACCCAGACCUCCAAUUACCAGCAGAACGCCCCCCAGGGACAGGUGUUUCCACCUCAACCACCUCAACACAAUUACAUGAACAAUCAGGGGCAGAAUCAAUUAAGGUACCAAAAUCCACAGUCUUUCCCUGCUCAGGGAUAUCCUGCGACUCCAGCCCCUUCGAAUCCUCAAGUACAUUCUCAGGGGCAGAGAUAUACAGCCCCUCAAGCCUUCAGUCAGUCCCAAACCCCGACCGAAACCUCAAAUCCUCCUGGAAAUUACCAGAAUCCCCAGAACCUCUCGAAUUUCCCUCCAGAUGGUACCCCCGGGUCUCAGAAUCAGUUCAAGGGCCCUGAUGAUCGUUUUAACUGGCAAGGAAGCUAUCAACAGCCCCAGCAGGUCCCGCAGAAUCAGUGGGACACAACCAACAGGUAUCCGGGGAACUAUUUCCCCCAAAACUACCAGAACUCUUACGAUUACCAAUCGAAUCCUGAGGUCAUCAAGACUGAGGAAAAAUCAGUUGGUGGAGGGAAUAUGAUGAGACCUGGUCUUCCCACCUUCUCACCGAAAAAGGAAAGCAACGUGGGGAUUCAGACCCAGACCUUGCCACCAUCAAAUUACACUCAGACACCACCAGAUGUGUCCAAUGCCUCCAGACCCUUAAAGUCCAUUAAUUUUGGAGCUAGAAAUCCCUCGGAUAUUUGCAAGGAUGAGGACAAGGACGAGAUUCUGAUUGAGAAAGAGAAGAACCUGGACGAGAUAAAGUCUGACGACGAAGUCCUGAUGAAGGACGAGGAGAAAGACCUGAAGAAUUCACCAAAUGCCAAGGAAGAUCCCGGUAUUCCCUACGACUGGGCCACAGACUUGAUGAAGAAUUAUGUCGAGGGCUUGAUCGAUGCCUCUGGCAAGAUGACUCUCUUUUUCUGUAUCUUGAAUGAGUCCAUUCGUCUGGGGGAUCGAGUACUCGCGUUCUCCCAGUCGCUCUUCACUCUGAAUCUCAUCGAGGACUUUCUGGCUAGGAAUGACUUCAAGAAUCCUGAUGGCAGCACUGAAAAAUGGAUCAAGAAUGUUAACUACUACAGGCUGGAUGGUAGCACGAGCGCCCUGGAGAGGGAGAAAUUGAUUAAUGAGUUCAAUGUUAAUCCCAGGAUCCACCUGUUCCUGGUGUCCACGAGAGCUGGAUCACUGGGAAUCAAUUUGGUAGGGGCUAAUAGGGCCAUUGUUUUUGAUGCCAGUUGGAAUCCAUGUCACGACACACAGGCGGUCUGCAGGGUUUACAGGUACGGGCAGAAGAAGCCCUGCUACGUGUACAGAUUGGUGACGGAUAACUGCUUGGAGAGGAAGAUUUAUGAUAGGCAGAUCAGCAAGCAAGGAAUGGCUGACAGAGUUGUGGAUCAAUGCAAUCCUGAUGCACAUCUGUCAUUGAAGGAGGCCACCACAUUGUCUUGGGAGUUUGAGGAGGAUAGCCAGGUGCAGGACUUUUCCUCUAGCAAGGAUACGUACACAGACGAGAUAAUGCGUACAGUCCUGGAGAAGCACUCGUCAAUUCUGACGAAGCAGCCCUUCCACCACGAGAGUCUCCUGGUCGACCGAAAAGACAAGAAGCUCUCCCAGGCGGAGAAGCGUCUGGCGCGUCGUGGCUAUGAGCUUGAGAAAAUGGCCGCUAAUUGCUCGCGCCCCAGCUACAACUACAUCCCAGGUAACACGGCAACGCGAGCUGGUGGUCUCCAGAUCCGGGCGAUUCGAGGUGGUGAUACAGUGACUCCCAAACCAGUGGCCUCGGUUCGGCCUAUGCAGCAACGAGGAGCUGAGCUCGGUGCAAGAGGAGUAGUAGGAUCCCGAUGGAUUCCAGCAGAGGUGUGGCAACGCCAGGGCAUGAGUGCCCAAGAAAUGACCCUUCCACUGGACGUGGUGAUUCCCACCAACUCUCCGGACAAGAGCAGCAUCGUCCUCAAAGCUGGACAACGUGUGAUGGUUCUGAAGAGCCCAAAGGGCAUUUACAUGCAAUUGGAGUCCGGAAAAAUCAUUGCAAUCAGAACAGCAUUGAAGUUGAAUCAGCAGAAACGAGAGGAGGAACCGAAGAAGAUUUCCUCUGCGACGGUAACAUCACCAAGAGCCCAACCCCCCACGCAUCCCCCAGCGAUCCCCCAGAGCCCAAAGCCAGAAGUGAGUUUUCCUCUGAGGAAUAAUUCAGCCAUCUCCAUCAUCCCGAAGACACCGACGAGUGCUCCAACCACUCCGAGACCCUUGUCUAGACCCAGCAGUGGCUCUGGAUAUCGACAGUUCCCUGACAAGGACCCCAAACGACCUAAGCAAGUUAUUCCAACUCCAGUCCUCAGGAACGUCAAUCACAUGGCUCUCAACAAUCAGGUAUCCCUGCAGAGAGUCUCCAAGAAGCAUGAGAUGGAUCACUCAGCUGGGGAGAACUCCAACUCGUCAGAUUCUCAACCGAGGACUGAUCAGAGGGUUGAAGAGGUGAGACUCGAGGACAUCGUCGGCGAGACUGGCAGUAAUUCUGAGUACAGCCCCUCCAAUCAGCGGAUGCCUCAGCACGAAAAUCCUGAGGAUAAGCACGAGGAGAUGAGGAGCUUUGGGGGAGAUUCGAAGGUGUCCGUCCAGAAUGUUCAAACACAGCAUUCGGAGGACGCCGAGAAGAGGCUCGAGGUGAAGGAGAUGAGGUCCGGGUAUGGCUAUCAAAAGGAUGAUGACGAGAUUAUCAUUGAAGAGAGUGUCAGAACUCCCCAGCAUCCUCAGGUGCAGCAGAGUGUUGUCAAUCCUCAGGUCCAGCAGAGUAUUGUCAAUCCCCAGGUGCAGCAGAGUGUUGUCAAUCCCCAGGUGCAACAGAGUAUUGUCAAUCCUCAAGUACAACAUAGUGUUGUCAAACCCCAAGUGCAGCAGAGCGUUGUUAAUCCCCAGGUUCAGAGUAUUGUUAAUCCCCAGAGUGUUCAGGGGAAUGUGCAGAGACAGGAAAUGGCACCGGGAAAAAUGCCCCCAAUGGAGGCUAGUCAUCAACAGGGAACUGGUAUUGAGGAUCAGAGACAAUCAGAAGAUGAUCCUCAUGGGAGGAUGCCUCAGGAUUAUCCUUAUACUGAAUAUCCCAGGUAUUAUGACUAUCCUGAUCCCAGGGCGAGGGGACUUCCUGCACCUGGGAUAUAUGGGGGGUUUUAUCCUGGGGGCGCUGGGAAGGAGACCAAGGGCGAGGAGAGGGGGUAUCCACAGCCGAGUCAGGGGGUACAGGCCCCUGGACCGGGGCCACAGGUUGAAGGAAAUGCGGUGAAGACUGAGACGACUGCUAGCAGUGUUCCCACUGCUUUCAGCCAUCCUGGAGGACGGUAUCCUGGGGGGUAUCCACCUGCUCCCUAUGAAGGGUAUGGACAGCAUUAUCCUGCUGGGUCUGCGGGAGCUUAUCCACCUGGGACCCCGGGAUACGGUGCCUACGGUAGCCCAUCGUACAAUACAGAUUACGCCCGGAUGUACUCAGCAUUGCAUCCACCACCUCCACCAGUGGCAGAUCCGUACAUGCAUCGUGGAUAUGCACCACCACCCACCAGUACCCCAUCCAACUACUACGCACCAUUUCCCCACCCACCCCCACCGCCCUAUCCAAAUUACUCAUAUUUCCCGCCCUAUGCGAAUCCAAAUAUCCCCAAUGAACCACAGCCGCCAACUCAGUAAGUUAAUUAACUCUCUUAGCGAGCUGUUACUUCAUUUCCAAUAAGUUUAUUCUCAACGAAAAUAUUCUUGACGAGAUAUAAAAUCAAAGCGUGAUUAAUACUUGUUGAUCACCAACGUUACUUAAUUUUUUUCGCUUUGAUGGUUGGAAUCUUUUAUUGUACAACUGAGCAGAUCAAAGACUGAUAAUUUCAUUGAAAAAUUAUUAUUCUUUGAUUGACUAUUUUCACUUUUACCAUAUUGCAUGAAAAUAGCAUUUAAAGAUCCAAUUAACUGGUGAAAGAUGAUUUGAUAUCUCGUUAUUUAUUAUUUUUGAGAGACAAUGUAGACUGAAGCUUUAAGACACAUCGUUGUAAAAUGGUUAGUCACAAAUAACUUAUUACUACGUGAAAUAUGUUUAUUUCAACAUUUUUAAGUGCAAUGGAGGGAACGCGAUUUAUUGUCAAAUUCCUUUGAUAUUGCUGAGGGGAGGUUUCGGUUGAGUGAAGAGAUUUUCUCAUCACGAGAACACAAAUGAAAGGGGCCUCUUUGCCCUUAGGAGCUUUUAGAAUUAUUUUCUCUGACUAGUGAUUACUUUUAUCUAUGAAAUUAGUUUAUCGACUCGAUCAUUAUAUUAUUGAGGCAAUAAAGUUGUUUUAUAAAUGAAAAUUUAUAUCUGCAGGAAAAAAACAAUUCUGAAUGUUUACGUAGCUAUAAAUUUUAUAGAGAUAUUGAAAAGUUUGUUAUCCCUCCGGUUAUGGGAACUUGACAGUUAUUUUUGACAUUCAAGGGAUAAAAAAAUCAUGUUUCAAUUUUUACAAUUUUAUUAUCGGACAACCGAUAUUUGGCUUCAGUAAAAAAAUUGAAAAUCGAUAGAUUCUCGUAGUCUCCCAGGGAAAUCAGCACUCCUACAAUGAAUAAUUUAUGCAUUAUUGCAUGGCUGAGUUGAUGAAGUCAUUUCAUGAAUGAAAAAUGAUAUUCCCAAGGGGAAUUGUAAAAAAUUACCUCGACGUAAAUUUUAUCUGGAAAUUUAAAAGUUACACAGGAUCCUCUCUAUAAUUCCAAUGACUUUUCCCUCGACCUUUCCCUAGAACCAUCACUGAUUGAGAUAAUUAACCUCGAGGUAACUCUCCAAUCUCAAGUCUCUCCUCAGCAAAAUUAUAAUUUCCUUUUUUUCGUUUAAUCAAUUGUAUAAAUAACAGGAUUAAGUACGUCGCUCGUAAUUGCAAUUCUACGUGGGAAUCGUUAGACUUUGACAACAAUACAUUAGGUGUAAACAAUUACCUAAUUCUCAGCACAACAUGACACCAUCUCUUUUUUAUACAUACAUAAUUUACACUCAUCUAUGAUUAACAUUUAAUUUUUGUAAAUAACUAUGUCAGGGUAUACGAUAAUUUGCUCCCUAAAUUUGUUUUUUCUUUGAAAAAAAAUUCAAAACUCGCGCCAAACGACGAAAAAUAAACAUUAUGAAUUUUUACAUGCAUUAAAUACGUACAGUAUUCACAUUUAGCAGCCAGUAAACACUCCAUUAAAUGAAUUGUAUCGAUAGCAGUUGUAUAUGAAUAGGCGUUAAAUGUUAAGGAUACCAAUUCUUAUCAUUUCUUCAUUCGUAAGUUAGGGAGAAUAAAAAGCAAUGAUAAUACAAAAUUUGAUAAUCAUGAUGACACUGGGAUUAUCUGAUUCUGUAAUCACUUAGAUGAUCUUACUAUAGUCAUAGGACUGUUGUUAGUUAGCAUUCUGUCCAAGCAAUUGAACGAUUAAAGGGACGUAGAUAAAUUGAUUUAAUAAGAGGAAAGAUAAAUUGGAGAAUGGGGAGUGCUUCGAUAGUCAUACGCAGGCUCUUCACAUUUUACUGUGAUAUGUCGCAGAAUAAAGGGCUGAUUCGAUUUUUAAUUUGAUAACGUAACAUGUUGAUAGAAGGGAAUUUUCUUUUAUAAUUUACUUCUCAGUCAGUCAUUGAAAUACUCGUCUCACUUCACAUCUGGUACUUUUUGUUGAUUUUUUUCUUUUCAAUUCUUUUUUACUGAGUUGUUUAUUCUUGAGAAGUGUUUGACGGAUUUUGGAAAUCAAUUAUCUGCAGAUCUCCCUGUAUUUAAUAUCCCGGCACUCCCCGCGAUAAGGAAGAGGGAUUUGACGGUGGAGGAGUGGGACUGGAUAAGCCGAUUUCACUUGAAAAUCAAUUUUUUGAAUAAUGUACAAUUUUUGCAAUUUUUUUCGAAUGCAGAAUUUUCUUCCUCGAUGGAAAACUGUUUGAAGUCGAUAUUUGCAUUAAUGUUUUUAGAUUCUCCUUUCUACGUCUACGUUGAUUGGAUAUUUAGGAAAAAAUUAAGCUAUGAGAAGAACCAAAUUUAAUUUGAGUCUUUUUUUGUCAAAUAUCCCGGAAUUAAGGACAGACAGAAAAAUUUUUAUUCAGAUUUUUUUAUACAUCUCUUCCUCAGAUUUUGAGAUAUCGAGAUGCGCAUAACUUUGGAAAUUGACUUGUGCAGUUUAGCCACUGUAACUACUGAAGGAUAUAAAUAUUGAUAGAUCAAUUCUCAUUUCGCAGUGAGGCUAAGUAAAUGAAGCUAAUAUUGAUUAUAGGUUCAGGACACCUUCAUUGAUCUAGAUAAUUAAGAAGGCGAAUGAUAUUGUGAAAAUCGAGAAAAUUCGAUUUUAAGGCGUUUUUUAGUUGUUAAGUGUACAAAGCAGAAUUAGUGUUGGAUCACCAUUGUUCUCGAUGAAUCAUAAAAAUAAUCUAGACUUUUCAGAUGGAAGAAAAAAAAACAAAAAACGAAGAAAA